AUGCAGUCCUUCGAGAACACCCCGCUGUCGCCCACAAAGCGCCUCGGCGUCAGUCUGAACAUUGAUACUGGUUACAAAGGCAAGCAAAAGGAGAUUUCGCCACCGCAGACGCCCAAGACAGAAAACCCCCGUCCGAGCAAAGGCAAUAUUACAGCUGCCAACCGGGCGCUUAGAGUCAGGACUGGACUAAGGGAGACAUUCCUGGACGACAUCACUCCCAUCGACUCCUCGCGGAACAAAGAAAAUGAUCCUCAGAAAUCAGCACAGCCAAACCGGGAUUCGCACGACUUGUCUUUGUCUCCUCGCCAAGUUACGCGCGACUCCCUCGUCGACCACAUGCUCCUCUCCCUCGACCAAUUUUCGUUCGGACAAGAACCAGGAGGAUUUGGAAUACAACCAACAGUUGAAGAAGAACGACUGUAUUCAGGAUUCGGUGAUGAGGAGCCAUAUCAGCCAACAUCAAAUUUUGCUGCUAGAAAUGGUCGAGGAAUUGGGCACACUUAUUCAUACAGCUCCGACUACGACAACGCAGACGACUCGAGUCGAUAUUCUGGCGGGCAAUUAUCUCGGGGACGGAGGAGUAAUAGCAGUUCCAAUUUUCAACCUGGCGUCGGCCGAUUGAAUAGUAAGCGCAACGAAAAGGGGUCAAAUUCGAGUUUUGCUACGUCCAGAGGUGCACCACCACAAAUACCCCCACGAGGGCUUCAUUCACGAAGCGGAAAAGGCAGUAAAGGAAGCAGCGCGAAUAGUUUUGAUCUUGGAUACGCGCAGGUCACAAGUAGCCAGAGGUGGGCACACGGCCUUGCUGGGAGGUCCGCGAGUUUCGAUUAUGGGAGCGAUCGUCAAAGCUUGAACAUACAGGCAAAUCCAAUGGCCCGACCGAUUGAGACAAAUGUGGCUGCAUUUGAUCCAUAUGACUACGAUGCUGCGCCUACACCUACAGUGCCAGUUGGCCCUCGCAGAACCCGCCCAAACUCGCCGAUAGUCAUUCCUCAACCCGAACCAACCCCUCCUGUUGACCCAGGACCGCAUAAACUGGAGAGGAAGAGGAGUACGAGAUCAUCGAAGAGCGCCUACAAGGGAAAGAUUUCUGGAAAUGCUCCCUCAGGUGGGAGAUACGAUUAUGGACUGAAGGAUCGCAAUCGUGAGCUACCACCCAUGCCCGCUUUCAACAGAGAGUCUGCUGCUCCUGCACCCCUUGUUGGGUAUGGAAAGGCCAAAGAUGCGCCUCAAAAUUCACCCGGAUUUGGUCAGCCCUCCAAAGAUAAACCUGGAUUCUUCAGAAGAGUUUUUGGGUCCUCAAGGAAUCACCCUGCGCCCGAGCCUCCUCCAUCGCACGGUUCUACGACAUCUGCUGAAACAACGGAAAGGCCAGGCAGUAAAACGCAUCAUAUUGGGAACCAGCUAAAGUCUCAAUAUACAACACCUCCACCUCGAGAACCGCCACCCGUUCCUAAGGAACAUACGCAUGUCCUCACGAAGAAGCCGUCAUCAUUUUUCCGGCGCCGGAAGAAGUCCGUGUCAGAGGCUGAGCCGCCGGCACCUCUUCCUAUCGUCCCACCUCUUAUGUUGCAGCCGAAGGAGGACCCUAAUGCCGGGAAGACUGUCCCAAGCCCCAUAAGCAGCCUUCGAAAGGUUAUGAAUCCAUACUUACGGACCCCUGCACGGACCCCUACCGAUCCAUUCCCUUCUGUCCCAAAUGUCGACAUCGAUCGCGAGAUGAAUGCGAGCCCCGACCCUAAUGACCGUGGAAGGAGAGGAUUCUCGCCAGAGUACGAACCAGACAAGAAUGCGACUAUCAGGACCGUCAGGCCAACUGAUCCGGAAGAUGAAGAUAUGCAGCCUUCUGGUUCGGCUCAUGAGCAAUAUCUCUCCAGUCCAAAUGCAGGUGCCGACGGAUUGGACGGCACAAGAGAUGACCGGGAUGCUACAUUCCUCCAGGAUAGCAGCGACAACGACCGUGAUGCGCCAAGCGGAAAGGAGAACAUGCCUUGGCCUGCCAGCCCCAAAUUACCGCCGCCAUCUGUGGCUCGAGAUAUGGCUCUUGUUGCAGAAUAUGAGAGAGUUCACUCGAAACGUUCCCCUACGCCAGCGAAGAUUGAAGCGGCCAAAUCAUCCCCCGUUUCGGAUGCACCUAAAAGCGCAACAGAGCCUAAAUCCGAUUUAAAGCAGACAACAGUUAUCACAAAGGAUGCAGAAUGGGUCAUGGUGACGCCGACCAAGUCGCCGAAGCAAUUGGAGAAGGAGAAUCGGCUGUGGCUGGAGCCAUCAUCAUCAGAAGAAGACUUGACCCUACCCAACAGCAAUUCCAAACUGAAGGUGUCAGAAGUCGUUGGAAGAAUGUCUGGAUCCACCGAUACGGUCUACAAAUCUGCCACAAGCUUACCAAUUGUACAAGUUGAUAGCGCGGAAGAAUCACCACCCUCACAGCGUCGCAUGAUGACGGCUGCCGAGGCAAUCAAGUCACUGGAUGAGCUGAUUCCAGAUGCAGAUGUGAUGGUUCCCGGUGAUGGCGACCGCGAGCGAGCAAAGAAGGUGUAUGAUGGCAAUGAAGACUUUAUUCAACGAGAGAAGGCUGCUGCUUGGAUGGGAGAAGAAGGGCCUGCCUGCACGCGGACCCUGCUUGCGUAUAUGGAGUUGUAUGACUUUGCGAACUUGAACAUCUUGGCGGCACUUCGUUUGAUGUGUGGUCGAUUAGUGCUCAAAGCCGAGAGUCAACAAGUCGAUCGAAUUCUAGUUGCGUUUUCAAGGAGGUGGUGCCAGUGUAAUCCUAAUCAUGGCUUCAAAGGCGUUGAUGUUGUGCAUACAAUUUGCUAUUCAAUAUUGUUGCUGAACACAGAUCUGCAUCUUGCCGAUAUCGACCAAAAGAUGACUCGAAGUCAGUUCAUCAAGAAUACUAUGCCUACAAUCCGACACAGUGUUGCCAAUUCCGCUCCAGAUGCGUUUGAGCCAUCGCGGCCGACAGUACUUCCUGGGAAGAGCUCGACCUUCGAUGUGGAGACCAGCAAAGGUAGCGAUGGGUUGAAGCCUCAGAGGGCAUCAAUUGAAGUCGAGCGUCCCUCUUGGAGAUCAUCUUUCAAGCCUCCUAUGCGAGCGGACUCGGAAGGUACUACGCCAACGCCAUUAGAUUAUGACACUCCUGUCAAUGAUUGUGGACCAUUGGUCAAAGCACCUUUUCAUGGGACGUUGCGAACUUGGGAAGUUCAGGUUGAGAUUGUGCUCAAGGAUUUCUACAAUUCCAUCCGCGAUGAGCGUCUUCCAUUGUUCGGGGCCACCAUGGAUAAAACGCAGCUUCAAGCUCCCUCGACCAAUAGUUUGUCUGUUUUUGCAAACGGCAUGCUGCGCCGAUCUCCCAGCGUGUUGAGUAAGACACCGUCCGAAUCCCAAAGCUACCAAAGAGGCAGAACGGCGGAGACAGUUCGCGUUGGCAAUAGCAAGUGGAGUAGCAAGAACCGUUCGAGGCCUCGUUUAUAUCCUGGCUCAGGGCUAGGAUCGAGCCGAACAAGCCUAGAUGACCAAUCUUCGAUGUGGAGCCCAUCUGUUUCGUCCAGCACUUGGAGCAAAUACUCACUCGGAAAGACACAGACUUCCAUGUCCGUUGACUCGCUCGGAUCUAACUGGCCAACUGGUGAUUACCAACAGUCAAUUGGCUUUGCCAAUGCUCUGAGUCAGGCAAUCAUUCGAGAGGAGACAAUUGGUAGCCAGGGCAGUGGUGGCAGCGAAGAUCUACGCAUAGCGCCUCUGCUGGAAGACGAGUCAUUAGAGCUUGCUGGAGCACCAUGGGCAAAAGAAGGGAUUGUCAAGCACAAGCACCAUCUCGAGGCCUUGGACAAGAAAGCUAAGGAUCGCAACUGGAAUGAGGUGUUUGCUGUCAUCGAGAAGGGCUACAUGAGUUUGUUCUCUUUCUCGAGCAAGAGUAUGCGCAACAAGUCGAAAGGCAAAGCUUCUGGCGGGGUGGUUGGCGGUGGAAAUUGGCAGGAGAAUGCUGAGAGUCUUGGAUCGUUCCUGCUCAGACAAACCAUUGCCAGUGCUCUACCAUCGCCCGGUUAUUCCAAGGCUCGUCCCCACGUGUGGGCGCUGUCAUUGCCUACUGGAGCUGUCCAUCUCUUCCAAGUUGGCACACCUGAUAUCGUCAAGGAAUUCGUGUCAACUGCGAAUUAUUGGAGUGCUCGACUUUCGAAUCAUCCCUUGGUAGGAGGUAUCAGUAAUAUUGAAUAUGGCUGGUCUGAUGCCAUCGUCAACAACGCUCUGGUGACCGCGAUCAACGAUUCUACAAGGCCGUCUACCAGUGGUCGCAGACCGAGUUUGCAGAGCUCCUUGAGAUCGAGUCUCGACCAAGGAUUGUCCGGCGGAAGCACGAGAUCUCGACUUCCAGGAGACAGGAUCAACAUUUCCGACUGGACCCCGCCAACUCAAAGCAUGCGCGCCAGCAACCUCUUGGAGCAGGAUCAGCUGAAGACUUUGACCGACUAUGUCUCCGGCAUCGAAGAAGAACUCCAAAAGCACAAUCAACUGCGCAGUCCUAUGCUCCUAGCUUUCACACCUCGCCACCCCAAUGCCCAAAAAGCAAUGGCGAACUGGGAGAAGAAAUCAUCGUAUCUCCUGCGCGAAAUCGUCAAGUUCAGGACGUACAUCGAUUGCUUGCAAGCUGCGGAAGCGGGCAAGCAGAAGAUUUAUGCGGAGAGAACCUCGAGGAAAGCUGAAGAAGACGGCGAUGAGGAGGGGGAUACGACGCUAAAACCUGACUCCACUCCCCGAGCUUGA